AAUAAGUUGAAUAUCCGUUAAAAAAAAGAGUUGAAUAGAGCAUAUAGCUUAAGGGAAUUUAUUUUUUUGAUAAAUAUUUCAUUUUUUUUUUUUGUUCGUCUUUGGUAAUGAAAACCCCAUCACUUCAAAAUUCUUCACACCAGCAAAUUUUCUUGCCAAAUUAUAGUUAAAAUGAAUUUCCCAGAGUAGGGAAUUCUCUUAUUGCUUCUAUUCAUCAAACUAUUCGUCACUGUUUUCACUUAAUAAUUCUUGAAAUUCUGGGCAUAUGUGCAAUUACUGGGCUAAUUAUCUGACCUGUGAAAAUCAAUUAUUUUCUGGAAUUUUGUUGAAUUUCAGGCUAAAUGAUGAAUUCUGAAAAAUCGGAAGUGGGUUUAUCAAAGUGGGAUGGCACAAUUUCACCCGACAAAUUUCAACAAGGAGCUCUUGCUUUUGCUGAGAAAUGGAAGACUGUUUGCGUUGCCCAUGAUCAUGAUCUCCCUAAUUGGUCUUGGGUUUCUUGCCUAAACCCACAUUUCCUUAAUCUCCACCAGGUAGAUGGAUAUCUAUCAUUGGAGAAGAUGUGCAUUUUGAGGUCUGAUAAGAUAGAUGGUGAAACAUCUGAUCUUGUUAUGGAGGAAGAGCUUAACUGCUUAGAGAGUGAAGAUUGUACUGAUCCUGCAAGUCUGGUUCAGCAGGCAGCUCAGCAAGUGCAUUACUAUGACUUCCAUAUAGUAUACAGUAGUUCCUACAGGAUUCCAGUGUUAUAUUUCCGCGGUUAUAAUUCAGAUGGGCAAACAUUAAAGUUGGAUCAAAUUGAAAGAGAUCUUCCUCCCAGCUCUGUUGAGGUGCUUACUGAAUCAAAGUGGACAUUUAUAACUCAACAGGAGCAUCCGUAUUUGAAUAGACCAUGGUACACAUUACAUCCAUGUGGAACGAACGAAUUGAUGAAGCUACUCAUGAGUAAUACUUGUCUAUCUGAAGAUGAAGAUAAAGUUGAAGCAGAAUGUUUUUUCAUAGCAUGGCUCUCAGUUGUGAGCCAGGUUGUUGGUCUUAGGAUGCCCCUUCAGAUGGCAGUUCUACAACACAACUAGUUCUUCUCACUUUCAUAACCCGACCCGUUCCCGCAUCCGAUCUGGAGAAAGCGAAUGGAGUGACUGUUAGAGGUGCUGAAAUGUGUUCUGGUUUCUGAUGCAAUGAUUCCUGUAUGUUUUUCCAACCUGCCCUCCUCUGUCAUAAUGGGUUUUGUAGGAAAUCUGAUGGCAUUAUUGAUUUUUGGAUUGUCAUUUGUGCAAGCUUAAGUUUUUUGUUGCUACUUUGGCUGAAAAAUGAAGUGAUUAUACAAAGUUCAGUCUCUUGUUGCCUUGCCCCCGCUAA